AUGGAGGCCGGCCAGUCCCAUGGAUCAGCCGCGCCCUCCAGCUGCAGGUCGAGUCUUCGCCGUGCUGCUGCGCUCACACUGCUGGUAGCGGCAUGGCCACAGACCAGCCUCCAGUUCUGCGUGCCAGGCACCUGGUCAGCUCAAAGAUCCCGAUCUCAGUUGCUGCAAACGCAGAGGAGGGCGAGGCGUCGUCGCGGUCGGCCAACGCGAUUUCGUGGGGUGUUUGAAGCGCUCCCAGAGCCCGAGGACCCGCCGUUUCCGCCGGGCAUAGAUGAUCCAUUGCCCUGGCCGGAGGAAACUGCCGAGAUCAUGAUCGAUGCUCACAGCGUGAUUCCCUGGUACUGGUCUGAGACUGCCAAGAUUGAGGAGGACCUCAACUUGCGCCACGACAUGUUUACGUUUUGGCCCGCCCGGAUUGCCAAAGCAGGGCAGGCCCUGCUUUCGCGCUUUGGGAUCUCGAGGCCGCCCUCUGCUUGGAGUCCGAUCAUUGUGGUAUUCGACCUUCCGGAUGCCGCCAAAACGAUUAACGGUCAUCAGGUCAAAAGAUAUCGCCGCAUCGCACGACAAGGGCCGGUGCGGUUCAACAACGUCACCUUAGCGUUCUCUCAGUCCUACGUUGACACGAGCGCCCGUGAACUGUAUCGCUGCGAUCGUGAGAUCAUGUACAUGCUGGAAAUGCUCAUGCGUCCAUAUCCUCGGCGGCAGAUCUUGGUCACAGAGGAUGUGCACUUGGCGAGGUGCACGAAGCUUCCAGGUCCAUGUUGA